AUGCAGGGACUCAUAAGCGUUCUCACACUCUCGGUUCUUGUUUCUUGGACCAUCGGGGGAGUGACAGCCGCAAAUUACAGCGUGGUAGACCACGGAGCCAAGGGAGAUGGCAAAACCGAUGACACCCAAGCAUUCACGGACGCUUGGAAUGCGGUGUGCAGUGAUGCCGCAGCUCCAACCUUCCUCGUCCCUUCAGGAAUGACGUUCCUGUUAGGGCAGGUCCUCUUCCAAGGCCCCUGCAAGUCCAACGUCCAUGUCGAGAUUUCUGGAAAUAUUCUACGGCCAAGCGGGUUAUGGUCAGGAGGCGUGGUGAGUUGGAUCGUGUUCAACAACGUCAACGGGCUCUCCAUCGCCAGCACCGGCGUGAUCGACGGCCAGGGAUCGGCCUACUGGACCUGCAGAAACAAUUACCAAUGCAAUGACGCUCCCAGCGCGUUGACUGUGCUCAACGCCAACGGGUCGAGGUUGAGUGGAUUGAAGCUCAUCAACAGUCCAAGCAAGCACCUCAUCGUGGGGCGGAGCGUGGGAGUCACCAUUGAUAGGAUCAACGUAACAGCCCCCGGGGACAGCCCCAACACGGAUGGGGUGUUCAUCCAGCAGAGCCAGCAUGUGUCUCUCUCGAACUCCAUCAUCGGCACAGGAGACGACUGCGUGGCGAUUGGCAAUGGAACCUUGGAUGUUACUGUCACCGGAAUAACCUGCGGUCCUGGACACGGAAUAAGUAUUGGCAGCCUGGGCAGUGAAAACUCUGAAGCACAAGUGGAACAAAUUCAUGUAUCUAACUCUAGGAUAUUCAACGCCACCAAUGGAUUACGAAUCAAGACAUGGCAGGGAGGAUCUGGUUAUGCAAAGAAUAUAUCAUUUGAGGCGAUCAACCUCGCUGCCGUAGACAAUCCUAUACUCAUAGAUCAAUAUUAUUGCCCGAGGGGAGAUUGUGCUCUCAACCAGUCGUCGAGUCUUCAAGUGAGUAAUGUGCACUACAGUGACAUAUCAGGAACAACAACCGGGAAGAUAGCCAUUAAUCUCAACUGCAGUCAAAGCGUGAUUUGUACAGACAUCAGCUUGCAGAACAUCAACAUCCAAUCUGCAGAUGCUGGAGGAACAGUAGUGGCUAACUGUACCAAUGUCCAGGGAACAGCAGUGGGCAUUGUUAAGCCUACAGUUCCUUGCUUAAACUAG